CGCGGGACCUGCAGCGCUACCCAGCAUAAAGGGCGCGGCGCCGCCGUGGCGGAGCGGCCCGGCCCAUCGGCGCCUGGCGCUCGGUUGCCUGGCGGUGCUGCCAAGCGCGGGGCAUGGCGGCAGCCGGCGCUGCGGCCAGCGCGGGGGAUGAGGCGGCCGGAGCGGGCUUGGUAGUCAACUGCUCAGGUCAAGGAUUGCAAAAACUGGGUCCAACCUUGCCCUGUGAUGCUGAUACUCAGACUCUGAUUCUGGACAAAAAUCAGUUAAUUAAAUUGGAACACUUGGAGAAAUGCAGGAAUCUGAUGCAGCUCUCUGUAGCCAACAACCGUUUGGUGCGAAUGAUGGGUGUAGCAAAACUGACCAAGCUCCGAGUGCUCAACUUGCCUCAUAAUAGUAUUGGGUAUGUGGAAGGACUGAAGGAUUUGGUGCACCUGGAAUGGCUGAAUUUGGCAGGAAAUAACCUUAAGGUCAUUGAACAAAUAAAUUCCUGUCUGUCUCUUCAGCAUCUUGAUCUGUCAGACAAUAACAUAGCUCAAUUAGGCGAUCUCUCCAAGCUUACCUCACUGAAGACUCUGUUACUACAUGGAAAUAUUAUAACUUCACUUCGCACUGCCCCUGUUUGCCUACCUCAGAGUUUGACUGUUUUAUCUUUGGCAGAAAAUGAAAUCAGAGACUUAAAUGAGGUUUGUUUCCUGGCCCCUUUUCGCCAGUUGGAACAGCUGUCCAUUAUGAACAAUCCUUGUGUGAUGGCCACACCUUCUGUCCCUGGCUUUGACUACAGGCCUUAUAUUGUCAGCUGGUGUCUGAACCUUAAAGUUCUUGAUGGAUAUGUGAUUUCUCAGAAGGAAAGUUUGAAAGCAGAAUGGCUCUACAGUCAAGGGAAAGGAAGGUCCUAUCGACCUGGGCAGCAUGUUCAGCUGGUUCAAUACUUGGCUACUGUUUGUCCUCUCAUAUCUGCUUGUGGACUCCAGACUGAAGAGGAUGCCAAACUGGAAAAAAUACUGAGUAAGCAAAGGCUCCACCAGAGGCAGUUGAUGCAUGAAAACCAAAGUGAGGAACCACCUACAUCUACUCCCAGCAAAACAGUGCCCCUUGCUCAUGAGCACAGUGGCCUGGCCCAGCCAUCACAGAUGGUUCUUGAAAAGGAACCUGUCAUCCAGAGGAAUUCUUGGGUUGGACCAAGUGCAAACAAUGAUCAUUCCUGUGCAGUAAAGAACACUUUUCUUCAUGAAAGAAGCUUUCCCAAGGAGCUACACCUUGAAGAUGUACAGACAGAUGAAGACAAACUAAACAGCAGCCUUUUAUCCUCAGAGUCUACUUUCAUGCCAGUUGCUUCAGGAUUGUCUCCAGUGUCUCCUGCUUCAGACCUGAAGCCACAUGGAAUCACUUUGGGCCUAGAAAAUGAUAACAAAGUAGUGAUUGAAUGUGUGAGAGAUGUUAAUAGUAGGAUAACAACUAACAAGCAAGAAGCUUUGUCUAUUACAGGAGAGCACCCUAAUAGAGCAGCAGGAGGUGUGGAAACAGGAGAGAAUAUCAAAGAGGUCCUACAGGUGCCUGCACCUGAUGCAGUAACAGUUGGCCUGGCUGCAAAGACUGGCAGCUCUUUAGGGGCCUCUGAAGGCCAAGUUUUGCACAGUCAUCCCAGCACCUCGUUAGGGGCUGAAACAGGAGUAAAAACUCUUUGUCCUGACCAGAUGCCAGAAGAAAGGUCUGGUUCACUGGCUGUGCAAGGUGCAGGACCUGCUGAUCAAGGUGCAGCUGAACUGCAGAGGAUGACUGAAGCAGCUACCAAGCUUCAAGCUUCCUGGAGAGGAUUUUACACGAGGAACCAUCAUCCUCAAGCCAAGGAAGUGAGGAAUGAAAUUCGACUGAACAGAAUGCAGGAGCACAUCAUUUACUUAACAGCUGAAGUAGAAAAACUAAGAAAAGAAAGAGAGGAAGAUAAAAUGCAGAGGCUUGUACAGGAGGAAGCUGUCAAAUUUCUUUGGAACCAGGUUAAAUCCCUUCAACAAUGGCAGCUUUCAGUGAUGCAGAAUUUAGGUGGUGCUGGGAUCCAUUCAGCCAGUAUUUUAUGUUCAUCCAAAACACCUGUUCAGUCAUCCACACUGGAGCAAGAAACCCCACCAGCUGUUAGUUCUGCUUUGUUAGUUCCAGCUAGUGAGGAUGAUCUUCAGGACAAGUCUUUGUUGCAGUUCCCAGAUUCUGGCUUUCAUUCUGCUGCAGCUGAUCAGACUCAUGCCAGUGACCUGUGUAGCUCUGAAAAGAGCUUAGCUGAAGGAACUGAGAGCUCCCUUUCAAUGGAAACCAUCAAACAAUGUGGCAGUUUUGUUUUAGCAUGUUGUUCUGAAGUAGAGGAUGGCCCUGGGGAGUGUGGGCAAAGUAAAGAGAACUCUAGUAAUGAGCAGGACAACGGACUGAUACAACAGUAUUUAAAAUCUGUUCAGCAGCUGGAAGAGGCUGAAGACACAGAUUGCAAUGAGGAAAUGGAGAGCAGCUGUCUACAAAUUGCUGUGUCUGCAGAAAGCCAAGAUUCUUCCUCUGACACUGUCUCUUUAGAGCUCCCUCAAGACACAUCUUCCCCUGUCCGAGGUGAAAUCUGCCAGACAUCGCCAGAAAGCUACAAACUGAAUUCAGAAAUAGUAGAAAGGAAGCAAACAGACCAUGAUUCUUCAUUUCAGAUGCUGCAUGUUGGGAUAGCUGUAUAAUAGGAUCAUUUCCACAAAGGACUAGGGAUUCCAUUUCACUUUCUUUUUCUUGUUUAUACAAAACUUUUAUUUUUUAUGUGUGCUGUUUCAGAUUUUGACUCAUUCAUAAAGUUUAUGUUGUAAUUACUGUUUUAUUGAUGUUGCUGAGGAUUGAUGCUAAUUAUGCUAACCUGAAAUCAGCAAAGUUCUCAGUGACAAUCAUUAUGCACUUUAUUUUCAAACAUAAAACUGGUAUUCUAAUAACUGGCCUCCAUUAAAUUACUUCUGAAGAUUGGUGGGGGGGUGGAUGGUUGUGAUGGUAAUAGUUGCUGUAAAUUCACUUUGGUGGAUGUGUUAGUAUGUAUUUGUUUGGGUUUUUUCCUGCAAAGAAAGAUUGAGUUCUUAUUUUGAAAAGAGAAGCAAACAAUAUGGGACUAAAUGGAGUCAAUAUAGGCAGGAUACAGCCUGCUGAGAAAGAUGAAAAGUUGCUUUUCAGACUUCUUUUGAUUUUAAUAAGAGUAAUGUGGUCUGUGUAUCAAAGAUGCAUUCCAGAAAACCAGUGUCCGAGUCAGUGACUUUUUUGUAAAUAACUUGAAGUUGUUGUUGAGGAAUUAGAUCAUUUACAUACACACUGAAACAAGGACUUACAGGAGAGAAACCUCAGGGAGCUUCAAACAAACAAGCCUUGACUUUUGUUUGCCCUGGGGUUGAAUUUCCCUGCCUUCUCAGGUAAGACUCAAAAUGGAACCAGUAGCAGCCAGGACUAAAUAAGAAUUUCAGAAGGGCAUGUGAUUUGGGACCAUCAUUUCCAGGACUGCCCUCCUGGGUUACCACAGCACACUUGGUGGCAUGUGUUUUGCACCACAAGGAUACUAAUGUCCUUGUGGGAUUUGGAUUUCAAUGGCUUUCAAGACAUUAGUGAGUUCAAUUACUUCUAUCUACAUGUAUAAGUACUAAAAGCAAAUGCCAUGACUUAAAAAUAUUUCCUGAUAUUUCUGUUGGGUUUUUAGGUUUUUCUUGGUUGGUUUUUGUUUUUUUUUGGUUUUUUUUCCCCCUAGAUGUCUAGUAUUUGACAUUUUUAAUUAGAUGUGGAUAAAAAGUUGUAUUUCUUCCCUGUUAGCAAAUAUGCUGAGAUACCUAAGCUAUGCUUUCCACUUAAACACUGGGAAAGCAGCAGGGUUUGUAUCUUACCUAGCUAUUGCUAUGCUAGGUGUUUUAAUGGAAAAUGAUCAGGUAUCUUAGUACACUUCAACAGUGACAAGGGAAAUCUGUUUUGCCGUGUGAUUUGUGAUGGACACUAGUGAAAUAAAAGUUGAUGUUGUGAUUUACAGGGGUCAGUUGCAUUUGCUGAUGCUGCAUUUUGCAACAUGUACUGGAAGGCCAGUGCUGCAGUAGUUUGCUAAUGUUUACUUCUCAAUUACAAAGACACAUGCUUAUUGUAAUUCUCUGGAUCCACAGGUUAACUUCUGGUGCUAUGGUGUCACUAAAACCAGCUAGCACUCUUUUAAAAUUACUCUUAUGGCCAUGUUGCCAUGUGAAAUUAUUUAGUUUUUGUGAAAGCUUUGGUUGCAUGUCUGCUUUAGGUUCCAAGCUGAAAUUUACCACUACUUGGGAGUUGGUAUUAGGUCAGUAUCUGCUUGAGGCCUCAAAAUAUCCUGUAUUUAGAACAUAAAUGGUGUAUUGAACUUGUACCAGCCAUAUUCCCACUGGUGAAGUUUAUCUUGGAAGAAUAAAGCUUGCCUCUAUGUGUAGAGUAGCCAUCAUCUCUUUUUUUCCCCCCAAAAAAGAUCUAGGGCACCAACUUCCCCAAACAGCUGUCACUGUAGUCAGGCUGACCUUUGACUGUGCAUAUAUGGGAGCAUUAAAGAAAACCCAAAACAACUGAAGUGGUAGGUUCUUAAUGUGCUGUCUUCCUAAGUGAAUGUAGUCACAGCAUGUUUGUAGCAUGACCAUAAUAAUAAUUAGAGCACAGUUGUGCUUGGGUAUUGAAAAUGUACAAGUGC